AUGAGGCUGGGUCUGGUCAUGCUGUUAAACCUGAUGCUGAUAAGACUCCAGCAUGCACAGGAUGACUGUGAUGCUGGGUCUUGCCACCCAGCUGUUGGGGACCUCCUUCUGGGUCGCAGCAAGCAAUUAACAGCCUCAUCAACCUGUGGAAUGAAUGGCCCUCAGAAGUACUGCAUUAUAGGCUACCUAGAGGCUGAACAGAAGUGCUUUCUCUGUGAUUCCAGAUAUCCAUAUAAUCCCUAUACACAGCACAACAGUCACAUGAUUGAAAAUGUUAUCACGACGUUUGAGCCUGAUAGGAAAAAAAAGUGGUGGCAGUCAGAAAAUGGUGUUGACCAUGUCAGCAUUAGAUUGGACCUAGAAACUUUAUUCCAGUUCAGCCAUCUUAUCCUGACUUUUAAGACGUUUCGGCCCGCGGCAAUGCUGGUUGAGCGCUCCACCGACUUCGGUCAGACCUGGAAGGCACUUAGAUAUUUUGCACAGGACUGUGCAGCUUCUUUUCCCAACAUCUCCCCUGGUCCAGCAAAAAGCGUAGGAGACGUCAUUUGUGAUUCAAGAUAUUCAGACAUCGAGCCCUCCACUGGAGGAGAGGUUGUUUUAAAAGCUUUGGAUCCCAGCUUUGAAAUAGAAAAUCCAUAUGUGCCAUAUAUUCAAGAGCUCAUUACGCUGACAAACCUAAGGAUCAAUUUUACUAAACUCCACACCCUUGGGGAUGCUCUGCUUGGAAGAAGGCACAGUGAUCCCCUUGAGAAAUACUACUAUGCUGUCUAUGAGAUGGUCGUGCGGGGCAGCUGCUUUUGCAAUGGCCAUGCCAGCCAGUGUGACCCUGUGCAGAAUCUGCGGGGAGAUGUUUUCCAUCAGUCUGGAAUGGUCCAUGGGAGAUGCAUCUGCCACCAUAACACUGAAGGUUUUUCUUGUGAAAGAUGUAAAGAUUUUUACAAUGAUGCUCCCUGGAGACCAGCUGAAGGGACACAAGAUAAUGCUUGCAAACGGUGUAACUGCAACGGCCACUCUGGAAGGUGCCACUUUGACAUGGCUGUGUACCAGGCCAGUGGUGGGGUCAGUGGUGGUGUUUGUGAGGACUGUCAGGAUAACACCACAGGACAACACUGUGACCAGUGCAGACGUUUCUUUUACCAAGACCCACUCAAAGUCAUCUCAGACCCCCACGCGUGCCUCCCCUGCAACUGUGACCCAGAGGGCACGUUGCACAGCGGCGCGUGCGAGAGCCGCACGGACGCGGCCCUGGGCACGGUGGCGGGUCGGUGCCCGUGCAAGGAGCACGUGGAGGGCGUGCGCUGUGACAAGUGCAGGGACAACUACUUCGGGCUGAGUGGCAGUGACCCUCUGGGCUGCCGGCGCUGCGGGUGCCACCCCCCGGGCAGCCUCUCCCCCGCCUGCCGCCCCGACACCGGGCGCUGCCUCUGCCGCCGCUUCGCCACCGGCCCGAGCUGCGACAGGUGCCUCGUAGGAUACUGGGGUCUGGGCAACAGCUUGCAUGGCUGUUCUCCAUGUGACUGUGACAUUGGUGGGUCCCUGAAUAACUUGUGCUCACCAAAGGAUGGUCAAUGCAAGUGUCUUCCCAACAUCGUGAGCCGCCAGUGUAACGAGCCAGCCCCAGGCUACUUCUUUUUACCCCUGGAUUAUUACAUUUAUGAAGCUGAACAUGCAAAGCCCCUGUCUGGCUCUGCACCCUUGGGUGUGAUGCAGGCGGGACAGGACUCGGCUGUGUCAGUGGUUUUCAGGCCGCCCAGCGCCGGUCGGUCAGUCACGUGGACAGGCCCUGGCUUUGCCCGCGUUCCCAGCGGAGCCGGGCUCAGAUUUGCCAUCAGCAACGUUCCCUUUGCCAUGGACUUUGAUAUCGCGAUCCGUUAUGAGCCUGAGUCCUUGGAAGACUGGGUAGCAAGUGUUGCCAUCCAGCCUGCUGGAGUUCUGUCAAGUCAAGGCUGCAAGAACAAGGGCCUUUCACAGGAGCCACAUGCAUUGCCUCUCCCAGCAGCUAAGAGGAUUGCACUUUUGCAAACUCCAGUCUGCCUGGAGCCAGGAACAGAAUACUCUGUGGAUGUGUAUUUUUCUCAGCCCUCUGCCUCUGACCCAAAAAUGAAAUCAUUCAUCCUGAUUGACUCACUUGGACUUAUUCCCAGGAUUGCCUCCGUGGAAAACUUAUGCAGUGAAAAGGAUUUAGAUGAGUACCAGAAGUAUCACUGUGUUGAAAUUGCAUCAGAAGUUGGACCCCACGUCCUGCCCGAGGCGUGUGCGCGGCUCAUAGCGAGCAUGUCAGCCCGGAUCCACGGCGGCGCCGUCGCAUGUAGGUGCAACCCCCAGGGGUCCCUGCAUGGCAGCUGCAGCAGGCUGGGGGGCCAGUGCCAGUGCAAAGCCAACGUGGUGGGGCGCUGCUGUGACACCUGCUCGCCGGGCAGCUACGGCUUCGGCUUCCACGGCCUCUGCCACCCGCGCACCGGGCUGUGCCUCCGCUGCCGCGGCCUGGCGGCCGGAACCCGCUGCGAAAGGUGCAUGGAUGGCUACUACGGAGACCCUCUGAAGGGAGAGCCCUGUCGCCCAUGCAUGUGCCCAGGGGAACCUACAAGUAAUAUGUAUUUUGCACGUUCCUGUUACCAGGACUCCCAGACUGCACAACUGAUCUGCAAUUGUCUCAAGGGAUAUUCAGGCAGUCGGUGUGAUGAGUGUCCUAGUGGGUUCUACAAAAACCCUGGCAAGCCUGGGCUUGGCUGUGCACCAUGUCCCUGCAAUAACAACAUUGAUGUGACAGACCCAGAGUCCUGUAACAGGGUCACCGGGGAAUGCACCAAGUGUUUGCACAACACCCAUGGAGCAAACUGCCAGUUCUGCAAACCAGGAUAUUUUGGCUCAGCCCUCGAUCAAAACUGUCAAAAGUGCACGUGCAAUCCAGCAGGUGUCCACCCUGCCAUGUGCCCGGGGGGGGACACAACCUGUCUGUGUGACCCAGCCACAGGAGCUUGCCCUUGUCUGCCCAACGUGGUGGGUGUGACAUGUGACCAUUGUGCCUCUGGGUACUGGGGCCUGGCUAGUGGGAAAGGAUGCCAGGUCUGUGACUGUGAUUCAAAAAACUCCCAAAGCAACCAGUGCAACCAGCUUACAGGCCAGUGUCCAUGUAAGCCAGGUUACAGUGGAAGAUGUUGUGAUGAAUGUGAGGAAAAUUACUUUGGCAAUCCCCAGGCACAUUGCAUUUCAUGCAAAUGUAACCCAGAGGGAACCAGCCAGCCCAAGUGUGACAGAGCCACCGGCGCGUGUAACUGCCGCGCUGGUGUCACCGGCCGGUUCUGCGACCAGUGCGGCCGCGGCUUUGAGAAGGACUUUCCCUCUUGCCACCAGUGUCAUCUUUGUUUUAAUCAGUGGGACACUGAAAUUACUGCCCUCGCUGAGACUGCUCAGGGGUUAAUGAGGUUUGCUGCAAAUCUCGAAGAUAAAGGAGGACGGAUGCCCAGCUGUGACAUGCGCUUCAAAGCCUUUGAAGACGCCAUUUCUGAAAUUGAAAGAAUUUUGAGACAUCCUGUUCUUUCACUGAAAGCCCUCUCAGGCAUCAAGGAUUUUCAGGGCUACAUUCAGCAAGAAGUUGCACAAAUGGAUGCCCUUCACAGUAUGCUGUAUGAGUUUCCUGACCUUAGCAAGAACAUAGAGGACAUUGGGAAAGAAGCUGACCUUGUGUAUGAACGUCUACAACAGAAGAUACAUCUGCAUCAAAGUUUCCAAUACUUGAACCUCAAAGAAGCCAUCAGCAACAUUAGGAAACAUUUUGAAGUAUCCUUGCUGGCAGAGCAGAAGAGCAGUGGGACAAUUCCUAUCAUAAGAUACUCAGAGUACACCAGGAACCAUGCACUCGCUAUGCUGGGACAGCAGGCCUUGAAAGAAAGCAAUGUGCUGGAGCAGCUCAAGGUGAUGAAGAGCCCCAACAUCCAAAACUUGAAUGAAAAGAUCUGUGGUGUGCCAGGAGACCAGCCCUGUGUCACAGCAGCCUGCGGGGGAGCUUUGUGCCGGGACAGCCACGGAGUCAGGCUGUGUGGUGGCCCAAAGUGCAGUGGAGCUCUUCCCCUCUCCACUGAUGCCUUCAGAAAAGCUGAGGAGAGUGCUGUGUUGCUACAGAACUUAACUGCUCAGCUACAGGACCAUGAGAAGCAGGCUGAACGGAUUAGGAAAAUGGCAGAAGAUAGCAAGAUUAAAGGCUCACAAUUUAAUGGGCAACUGGAGACAGCUAACAAUCAAAUUAAAAUUGACCAAGAGAUAACUAAGGACUUCAUCCAAAAAGUGAAAGACUUCUUGUUAGAUGAGAGUGCACCUCCAGAAGACAUCGAGAAGGUGGCAAGUUAUGUUCUGCAAAUAAACCUUUCCUUGACUCCACAAGAGCUCGCGGGCAUGCUUGGCAAAAUCCAGGGCAUUAUGGACCCCUGUGAGAAGUACAAACUGAACGCAGAUAAGAGAAACAGAAAAAGGGAGGAAGCUCAGAUGCUCCUGGUGGGGGCACGAGAAGCCGAGAAGGCAGCUAAAGCUCUUCUGCCUGUGGAUGAAAUUAAUAAUACUCUAAAAAAUGUUGUGAAAUCCCAAGGACUCUCCAAAGACACCUUUGUAAAGUUAAAUGAAGAGAUAAAAGGCAUCAGAAUGCAAAUCUCACAGGCUGAGAACCAAGUGAACACGACAAAUGAUGAACUAAAUGACUUGUCAGCAAAACAGUCUGAGGUGGAAGAUGAAAUUGCCACAUUGCAGGCAAAAACGCUGAUGAACAAGAAUGAAAGGCAAAGCACAAAGGCAAGAGCAGAGGCAGAAGCAGCUCACAAGCAAGCCCAGAAUAUUGAUAAUGAGUUUGCUGACGUUAAAAGAAAGUACACCAUUCUUCAAGAAAAGCUAAAAGCCCGAGCACCUCCAAAAGUAACACUAGAAAAAGUGAAGCAGCUGAAAGAUGAAGCAGAAAAACUGGCUGAAGAGACUGAAAAAAAAAUUAAACGAGUAACAGAUUUGGAAAAGAAGCUUCAAGACCUGAAUCAAACAAAACAAGACAAGGCAGAGCAACUGAGACAACUAGAGGAACAAGUGAUGGCCAUUAAAAAUGAAAUCAUGGAGCAGGAAAGCAAGUAUGCCACAUGCAAAAGUUAA